AUGAAGCGUCUAACAAAAACACAUGAUAUCACUCCUGAUAUACCAUUUUUGUUGCAUGUAGAUCGCAAUGUAUUUCCUCGUGAUCUUCAUCUGUCGAAUAAAUAUGCGAACGAUUCAUUUUCAAGUGUUGCCAAUCUUUUCAUAACCGACAGGAAGUAUUUUGAUCCUGAAUUUCUUCCUGCACUUUCGAGUAUUACACAAAGUAAAGAAGAAACAUCGUUCAAUGAUUUUGAAUAUGGAUCCAAUGUAACACGAUGGCUACGUCCUGAACAAAUUCGCUGGUCUAAGGAAAGUCAACAGUAUCCAUUAUCUAUAUUUAAUGAUCCGCAUUCGAAAGACAUCAUUCAGGGUCGUCUUGGUGACUGUUGGUUGAUCUCUGCAUUAGCACUAAUCGCUGAUAUACCAGAAAUAUUAUAUAAAAUUAUGAUUACAAAACAAUAUAAUCCGGCAGGACUUUACAAAAUUCGUUUGUGUAACCGAGGAAUUUGGCGAACUAUUACGAUUGAUGAUCUGUUGCCUGUCUCAGAAUUCGAUACACUUGCGUUUACGCGAAGUCUGAAAAAGCAGUUGUUCGCUUCAUUGAUCGAGAAAGCAUUGGCGAAAAUGUAUGGAAGUUACAAAGCGCUUGAAUCUGGACGAUGCGUAGAAGGUUUGCAGAUAUUAACCGGUGAACCGUGUGAAGUAUUUUCAUUGCACUGCGUUGAGUCGAAAAAGAAGGCAAAUAUUGAUAGUUUAUGGACAAAUAUCGUUCAAUCACGGACGAAAGGUCUAGAACCAGAUCAUGCGUACAGUAUCCUUGAUGUACGACAAGUUGUUUCUCGAAGAUUUGUUCGAUUGCGUAACCCGUGGGGUACGAAAGAACGACUUUUUAGAUCGGCGGACAAUGAUGGUGUGUUCUGGAUGCCUUGGGAAGCCAUGUCUUUGUUCUUCAGUGAGAUUACCAUUUGUAAAAUCAAUGCAAUAACAUCAGCGUACAACCUGCAUUGUCCAUACGAAACUGAACUUAAUAUUGAAUUGUUCAAUCCUGUUAACACCAUAACCGAUAAUCGGUCAAAUGAUCCGGCUAUUGAUCUGUUCUUGAUUGUACUUUGUUCCGAUGGUGCUUGUAAACAAUACAAGCAUAGUCUUGAUUACUAUGUAACCCUAUCGAUAGCAGUACCUUCUGGUCAAUACGUAAUACUCGCUGGAUCAAUGUCCGUAGUUAACUACUCGAUAUAUUCAAAAUUUAAUUUGGUUGUACAUGCCGAUCAACCGUUUGUUCUUAAAGAACAACCAGCAUCCUAUGAAUUGGUUGCAAAUGCAUUCCAUGCAGUUGCCCUUCAAUCUAAUAAUCGAAAAAUGUUUGGAGAUGGUGUAUCGAUUCUGACAUUCGGCGACAAUGGAUGCUUUGGUUUUAUUUGUGAAAAUCGAUCAAAUCGGGCAAUUCGUUUUGCUAGCGAUUUUCAUGGCUCCAUCAAUGUUCUACCUUCGAGGAAAACGUUUCGAACGAAUGAUAUAAUUCCAGCUCGAACUAAGCAACUUUUUGCAAUAUACACACGAAAGGUGAUGUCUGACGAUGUUAAUAUUGUCUACCAAGUAGAGUAUAACUCGUUGAACACAGCGACACCUGUUGUUGAUCAUACUUGCGCAAGAAACAACCCGCCUAUAUCUGUUGAAGCGUUUGGUCUUCAUGUACCGAUACCUAUUUACUGA